GUUUUUGACUCUCCCUCUCCCUCGCUCUCUGUCUUUGUUUCCACUUUCUAAAAUGCUCUCAUUCUCUUUCACUCAAACCAAACCUUCACUCCUCCCUCCAAAUCUCUACCCAUCUUCUCACUCAUUCUCUCACUCUCUUCUCCCACCUCUAAAACCCGACAAAAACCGGACCCAUCUUCAUCUCCAAAGCCUAACAAUCCAAGCCAUCGAUGCUGCACAGCCCUUUGACUACGAGUCUCAACUCAAAACCCACUACCAAAAAUCCAAUGCUCUCAAAAUUGGCAUUAUUGGCUUCGGCAACUACGGCCAGUUCUUGGCCAGGUCCUUCGUCCAACAAGGUCACACUGUCCUCGCCCAUUCUCGCUCUGACUACUCCAAACUCGCCCAAGAAGUCGGCGUUUCGUUCUUUACCGACCCCAAUGACCUCUGUGAGCAACACCCAGAAGUGGUUCUCUUAUGUACUUCGAUUAUGUCCAGUGAAAAGGUAAUCAAAACCUUCCCAUUUCAGAGACUUCUUCGAAAUACCUUAUUUGUUGAUGUUCUUUCAGUCAAGGAGUUCCCAAGAGACUUGUUCCUCAAUUACUUGCCUGCUGAGUUUGACAUUCUUUGCACACACCCAAUGUUUGGUCCACAGAGUGGUAAGGACUCGUGGGUUGGUCUUCCUUUUGUGUAUGACAAGGUUAGGAUUGGGGAUUGUGGUUUUAGGCUCAAUAGGUGUGAGAAGUUUUUGGACAUUUUCGCAAGGGAAGGGUGUAGAAUGGUGGAAAUGUCGUGUGCCGAGCACGAUAGGGAUGCUGCAGGGUCACAAUUUGUCACACACACAAUGGGGAGAGUGUUGGAGAAAUUCAGAUUGGAGUCCUCGCCGAUUAAUACUAAAGGGUAUGAGACUUUGUUGAACUUGGUGGAGAAUACGGCUGGGGAUAGCUUUGAGUUGUACUAUGGGUUGUUUAUGUAUAACAAGAAUGCAAUGGAGCAGCUGGAGAGGCUGGACAUGGCAUUCGAGGAUCUUAAGAAAGAGUUGUUUGGGAAUUUGCAUGAGGUUUGUAGGAGACAGUUGUUUGGGAGUGCUGAACGGGUCGAAGCCUUAAGAGAAGAAGAGGAUGCAGAACCGCAGGAGUUGCUUUCGACUGGUAGUCAAAUCGGAAGCAAUGAGGAUCGUCGGAAUGGUGCGCUAAAAAAGGUUACGAAAAUGGUCAUGCUUCUCUGAAUUCAGCUCCUGUGUAUCUAAGAUAAUAUGCCUAAUGUAAACCUAAACCGUUUCUAUGGCUGAAGAGCUUGUGGCUCGUGGUUGUGUAUGUUCUGUUUCUAUUUUCUAAUGAAGAAGAUCAGUGUUAUUGCUUCUGUGCAGAUGAUAAUGAUGAUCUGAAUUAUUGA